AUGCUGCAGCUCGUGCUCCUCGCCGCCCUCGCCCUCUGCGGGCGCUGCUCCGAGCUGGACCUGGAUGAGAUGCAACGGGUGGUCGGUGGGACCGAGGCGCGUUCGCACGCCUGGCCCUCCCAGAUCUCCCUCCAGUACUCCUCCGGUGGCGGCUGGUAUCACACCUGCGGAGGGUCCCUCAUCCGGAGAAACUGGGUGAUGACAGCAGCCCAUUGUGUGGACCACCAAAUGACUUUCCGUGUCGUGGCUGGCGAGCACAACCUCAACACCAACGAUGGCAGCGAGCAGAUCUUCGGCGUGAGCAAGAUCAUCAUCCAUCCUUACUGGAACAGCAACAACGCCGCUGGGGGCUACGACAUCGCCCUGCUUCGCCUGUCCGGCUCCGCCACCAUUAACCAGUACGUGCAGCUGGCGGUGCUGCCCCAGGCAGGAACCAUCCUGCCCAACGACUACCCCUGCUACAUCACCGGCUGGGGGCUCACCCGCAGCAACGGGCAGCUCUCCAACGUCCUGCUGCAGGCCUACCUGCCCGUGGUGGACUACCAGAUCUGCUCCAGCCCCUCCUACUGGGGCUCCACCGUCAAGGACACCAUGGUCUGUGCCGGCGGUGACGGCGUUCGCUCCGGCUGCCAG